UGAUAGAAAGAUGUAAAAUAAAUUAUUUAUGGCAUUAAAAAAGAAAGAAUUCAAGAAGAUAGGAAGAAAACGGACGAUUUCGUUUUGUGGAAUAUUCUAUGGAGAGGUUAAUGAAUCACCAACGCUUAUAGUGACGUUAAAACAUGUUUGAUUAGUUAUCUACAUUAUUCUUUUAAAUUGUUUCUUUAUUUCAUUGUGUACUACGUAUAAUCAUUUGGCCACCACGACUACGAUCACAAUAAAAUGGCGACUGACCAAAUGAAACACCGCAUGCAUGUUUUCAAGAAUACUGGCAAAGAUGUUGAUGAAAUGCGCAGGCGGAGGAACGAAGUGACAGUCGAAUUAAGGAAGAAUAAAAGGGAAGAAACGCUACAAAAACGAAGAAAUGUUCCCGUUAGCUACUCAACAGACGAGGAUGACAUCGAUAGGACACUUGCGUCUACCGACUUACAGGAAUUGAUUAUGAAAGCAGCUAACGUUGAAAACCCCGCAGCGCAGUUGGCAGCCGUUCAGCAAUGUAGAAAACUAUUGUCCUCCGAUAAGAAUCCACCGAUAGACGACUUGAUUAGAACUGGAAUACUACCUAUACUCGUUCAGUGCCUUUCGAGGACGGAUAAUCCGACCCUACAAUUUGAAGCUGCAUGGGCCCUUACAAACAUCGCAUCCGGUACGUCUGCACAGACCAACAAAGUUGUUCACGCGGGUGCGGUGCCUCUCUUCUUGCAAUUGCUCAUGUCCCCUCAUGAGAAUGUGUGUGAACAGGCUGUAUGGGCUCUUGGUAACAUUAUCGGUGAUGGCCCAGUACUGCGAGACUUGGUUGUCGAAUUAGGAGUGGUCAAACCCCUUCUUAGCUUCAUUAAGCCAGACAUCCCCAUUUCCUUCCUUCGCAAUGUGACAUGGGUUAUUGUAAACCUGUGUAGAAGUAAGGAUCCACCACCACCUGUCAAGACUAUUCAGGAAAUUUUGCCAGCCCUGAACAUGCUCAUUACACACACGGACACCAAUAUCUUAGUAGACACAGUAUGGGCAAUUAGUUAUUUAACAGAUGGAGGUAAUGAACAAAUCCAAAUGGUUAUUGAUUCUGGUAUAGUUCCAAAGUUGAUACCACUGCUAUCACACAAGGAGGUCAAAACGCAGACAGCCGCUCUCAGAGCUGUAGGCAACAUUGUAACAGGAACAGAUGAACAGACCCAAGUUGUGCUCAAUUGUGAUGCUCUAUCUCACUUCCCGGCCUUAUUGUCACAUCCAAAAGAGAAGAUCUGCAAAGAAGCAGUCUGGUUCCUGUCCAACAUCACGGCGGGAAAUAAGCAACAAGUGCAGGCCGUCAUCGACGCGGGUCUGCUGCCCAAGAUCGUGGAGAACCUCAGCAAGGGCGAGUUCCAGACGCAGAAGGAGGCAGCGUGGGCAGUUUCCAAUCUCAGCAUCAGCGGCUCCAAGGAGCAGGUCGCAGCGCUCAUACAGUGCGGAGUCAUCCCCCCCUUCUGCAACCUGCUCUCCUGCAAGGACACACAGGUCAUCAAUGUGGUGCUGGACGGACUCAGUAACAUGCUGAAGAUGGCGGGCGACAGCGCGGAGCAAGUCGCGACCAUGAUCGAGGAGUGCGGCGGCAUCGACAAGAUAGAGGAGCUGCAGGGCCACGAGAAGAUCGAGAUCUACAAGAUGGCCUACGACAUCAUCGAGCAGUACUUCGCGGCAGAGGAGGAGGAUGCGACGUUGGUUCCGGCCGCCGUCGACCAGGCCUUCGCCUUCGAGCCGGCGAACCACGACGCCUUCCGCUUCUGAACGCGCCGUCGCGCCGACACCACCGCGUCGCCGCCGUCACCGCCGCCACCGCCGUCACCGUCACCACCGUCACCGCCGCCGUCGUGUGUGGGCGCUACGACUGGAUUCACUACUCACUAAUGAAUUAAACAAUUGUGCAUGCGAAUCUAUUUGUCGACGGUUAAUCGAUGUGCUUCCGAUGAAAUGUGUUAUGAAAUGCAAAACUUUCCUACUAUAAUAAUUAAUGAAUUGCCCGCGAGCCGAAACAGGUACUCGAUUGACUCGUCAUAAUAGAAUCGUGUCCGUCAACGUAAAAACGAUGGGGAUCGGUCGGUGGCCCGAUUUGUAAAAAUUACACAGUCCAGAGUAACAUUUAUAGCGGCCGUGCGCGUGAACUAUUGUUAAAAUGUUUAAACGGUAGGCGUCCCAAGCGCCGUCUAUCUUCAUGUUGGUAUUCAAUUAAUAGGGAUAUUUUAUUGAGCUCGCUACAGAAUAUAUUCGGGUCGCGCUCUUGUAUCAUAGUAGGUUCCGGUGAGUUCACGAACGAGUCUAGUUUACAUGUAAUCGAUUGUUAUUCGUUUUCUAAAAUCGUCAGAUAUCGAUAAUCGAGCGUUAUCCGGCGAGAGGUUCAAGGGGCGAGGCGCGAGUGAUACGACUCUAUUGUGAUGUUUGAAAAUGUUUCAUUUUGUUUUUCGUUUUCGUAUAUUAUAGAGAGGACGAGAAGUGGAUAGCUUUAAAGUUAAGUGCCGCGACGUACGCGAGCGUGUACUCCGCUUACCGAAGAUAUGCUUUUGAUAUAACAUAGUAUUUAUGUUUCGAUUUUUAACCCGGAAAGCGACCGUCGUCCGCGGAAGGCCGGCGUGUCGCCUUUUAUAGUUGUGAAAUUAUGUUCUGACAUUGAACCCAUUUGUAACUAUAUAUCAAUAAAUUCUGUCCAAUAUUA